GCGGCGGGAAGACGCAGUUCGUAAUUCUGCUUCAGUUGGACCGUACGUGUCGCGGUCGUUAUGGCUGCGAAUGCGGCAUAUCUCGUCGUCCGCGCUCGCAUAAUUUUCGGACUCGCACACCAUCGCCGGGACGUCACCGCCGGUGGAAUCACGAGAAUAUGCCGGACGUUUGACGUUGUGCAACGAUGCCGUCGUCACCAUUGUAAACGAUGGUCUAGCUCAAUGUCUACAGUGUUUUCGGGUGAUGAUAAUGAAGGAAAACAAAUAUUGAAACCUUCAUAUGAAAAGUCAGAAAUCCACGUUGAGCUUAGACGAGGAUUGCCUUCGGUCACAGUUCCUUUGCCGUCCAGGCGCGAGCUUUGUCAAUUCACAUUGCGGCCAGUGACAAACACGGUCGGUGACUUGACUAGCAUGUUGAAGACCGAAGACCCGGGUGUUGACCGCGUAGUUGUAUCUAGCUCCGAUGGUGUGCGUAUCGCGUCUUCCAAUACAAUCGAAUCGCUCAUGGAAGAAGACUUCCGGUUAACCAUUAACGACCGAGUUUUCACGGUUAAAGUACCACCGCAAAAGAAGCUUACGAAGGAAGAAAUGGAACGACUUUCUGGUAUCAGGACUCUAGUCAGUCAGUUGUACGAAUCAUUGAACGUCGAAGAACAUCAAUUAAAAAAAGAAAGGGAGUUAUUGGCUAAAAUGGAAGAACUAAAAGUUAAAUUGGAACCCCUUGAAAAGAAAAGGCAAUCCAUUGACUUAGUAGCUAGCAGACAAACGUCGGUGCUCACAUGGGUUGGUCUGGGACUUAUGUCAGUGCAGUUUGGCAUAUUAGCUCGGCUUACUUGGUGGGAAUAUUCAUGGGACAUAAUGGAGCCGGUCACAUAUUUCGUCACUUAUGGCACCGCCAUGGCCGUUUAUGCUUACUAUGUACUUACAAAACAGGAGUACUUGAUGCCUGACGUUCGUGAUCGCCAGUAUCUGAUCACCAUGCAUAAGAAAGCCAGGAAGUCAGGUCUAGACCUGCACACCUACAACCUGCUCAAGGACAAAAUGGCAAGCGUGCAAACCGAUUUGGCUCGACUCAAGGAUCCGCUUGUCCCGCCACACAGGUCUCAAGUCAUGUUCGACCCGCUGGCCAAUUGCACUGCCACGGAAAUGGAACCAACAGGACUCUGGUUCAAACUCCGAACCCGGAUCAAGUCAUUACUGGAUGAGACUAAAGGCAAAAACCGCAAACGCACCACUGAUAACAGCAUUUGAGAACACACGCAGUAUUAUAUACAUAAUAAAUAAUAAUUUUAUUAUUAUGUCUUUUUUUUAUGAUCAUUUUUUCUUUUUAUUUUCGUUUUAAACUUAUUUAUUUACGUCGUAUAAAAAUUGGUGCUAAACAUAUAAUGCCGGUUUUCUUCUCGUUGUCAUUUUUCGUCUUUCGUAAAUAUCUCUUAGAUGACUUAAUAUCGACACAGGGUUAGAGUAUUAAACUUCACGCACACAACAAAUAUCAAUAUACUUUAUAGGAUAAUAGCAGGUAUUUAAUAUUAUAUCGGCUCUUUACAAUAAAAUAUCUGCAGUAUAUCUGUACGCUUUUUUUGAAACCUUUUAAUACGUAAAAAUUAUAAAAAAAAAAUAUUUCUAAACACGCUUUAUCUAUUUCAUAGAUAUUAGAUAUUUUUUUUAAAAUUAUAAUCAUCUAUUAUAUAUAUUUAUAACGUCUUCUAUGUACUUAUAUAUAUAUAUAUAUACAUACAUACAUACAUAUUAUAUAUUAUUAUUGUUAUUAUUAUUAUUAUCGUAUGGGACGAAAACGAAUAUCUCGUAUCAUCACUAUCGCUCUAGUGGAAAUCGUCUCUCCGUCACACACGCGUGCAUAGUGCAUACGUAUAUACAAACAUAAAACACAAGCACUUGUUGAUUGAUUGAUCAAGAACAAUCAUAACCGUUUUUUAAAUUUUUUUUCCUCUUUGGGUUAGGAUCAGGGUCGUUUUAAUAAAUAUAUAUAUUUAUAUAUAUAUAUAUAUAUAUGUUGAUAAAUAAUGUUAUAAUAAUAUAAUAAUUAAUAUUUUAUUAUUAUAUGUACAUGUAAGCAUCGACGGCGGAUUGUAUUGUAUUAUUGUAAUAAUCGUCGUCGCUGGAUUCGGUUAACAGAAGUUUAGUGCUCAUAUAUAUAGUAUAUAAUAUUAUAUAUAUGUAUUGUAUAUGUAAUAAUAUUAUACAAUGGCACUGCUGCAUGAAAAGUAACAUAAUAAUCUUUGUUUUAAUGUUGUGAUAAUGAAGCCAAUAUUUUAUUAUUAAUGAAUUAAAAGUUUUAUAAUUUUCACUCUAUUUUUUUUUUAAUUCGCCAUGUAGCUAUUUAUUUUUAUUAAAGCUCAAUAUACUUAGUGUUAACUAUUUUUAAAUUUAUCUCUUUAUCUCGCUCUUUAUUAUCUCACUAUAUUCUUUUAGUGUUUAUAACAUAUUAUAUUCAUCAACUUUUAUAACAGUUUUUAAUAAUUUUUCAAUGCCAUCAUAAUUUAUAUAUUAUAGCGUGUAGGUAUACUUAAGAAUACUGAACUCGUGUUUAGUCGAAUCGUUAUAUUCAAUGAAUAUUUUUAUCAAAACCGUCAUCGUAUAAUGUUUAGAUCUUGGUUUUAAAACCAUUUUUUUUCAAAACUAUUUAAUAUCUAUUCAUAAGCAUAUAUUAAUGUAUGUAUUUUUUUUAAAUUAUUUAUUUAUGUAUAUUAUUAUACCUAUUGUAUGAUUAUUUCUCUAAAAUUAUUAUCGUUUAAAUUAACAAACUCUUGUAAGUAGGUACUAGUAACAUGCGUUGUACUAAAUGGUAUUGUCAUUCAUUUUUACUUUAAAAUUAUACUAAUACGUUUGUAUGAUUUAUUUUUAUCUAAUAUUAAGUAUUCCUUAAAAAUCAUUAUCAUUAAGAUUAUUAAACCUAUAAGAAGUUAAUUCAAUCAAAUUUAAUAUGAUGUUGUGUUGUAUCAUUCAAAUUUUUACUUUUAAUAUUAUAUACUUUAAUAUAACGUAUUAAUUUAAGUAGGGCUUGUUAAUCAAAUGCUGAGAGAACGUUACUCGUUUAAACAAUUUUAAUAUAUCAUGUACCUAAUAUGUCGUAUAUAGCUAUAUUUAUUAUAAGUAGAAAAAAUAUUUAAAAAUAUUAAAUAAUAUUCUAUUUGUAAAUUCUCCAACUUUUUAAUCGUUAUAAAAAAAAUAACAUUAAUUUUUAUUAAUAGUACUGAUUGUCAAUAAGUAUUUUUUGUUUUCCCAAAAACUCCAUACUAUUGUAGAAUCGAAUUACUCACUAUUAAAUUAAAUUAUGCCUCUAAUUCGAUACAUAUACACAACAAGGUACAUGGUAUCAAAAUAUUUUUUUCAAGUCUGUCCAUUACUUUAUAAGACUUAAAAAAAAUGAUUAUGUACAUUAUAUCAAUAAUCUUAAGAGUCACGAGUGGACAACCUCUUAACGCUAUCGAAAGUAUACUUGUAUAAAAAUGGUAAAAUGUUUAUUUGCGUUUGACGGGUGUAUAAUAAUUGAAUUCGAUUUUAAUUAUUGUUGAAUAUAUGUUAAACGGAAUGUCUCAGCCAAUGUCGAAUAUAUAUGACGCGUUUUUGAAACAUUGUGUAUUCAUGUGGUGUACAAGAUUAAUAAUUAUUAUUUAACAUUUUCUUGUUUAUCAUUGUUUUUAAUAGCAAAUCCCUUUUUAAUAAUUUAUAAUGUAUUAAAAAAAAAGUUUUAUUGUGUUA